AUGUGUGCUAUUGCUGAUAAAUCCGGCGACGGGGAGCUGAAUCCGAACAAGGCAUCGUUCCAGCACAUCUAUAGCGAACCGACACCACUUGGAUACUACAAGACUCUGACGCCCCUAGGCUACGGCGACUACCAUGACCAGUUCGCCCAGCUCAUCGACACCAAUAAACCAAACCUCCGCCUCGGCGUCAGGAGGGUCAUCGACAUCGGAUGCCUGUACGGCUCCACGGCAAUUGCCUACGCGCAAGGUGCUCGGUGGACUCAGUCGAUUCAGCCCCGGGCCGUCAGCCAUCUCGACAUGACCGGUGUGGACAUUAGCGAGAAUGCGCUCCAGUUUGGCCUCAAGGUAGAUGUUGAUCAUGACCAGGCCGGCAUCUUCACCAAGGUCAUAAACCAAGACCUCAACGGGGCACUGUCGAGGGAUUUCUACCAUGCCCUCGACAACGCCGAUGCCCUUCUGUGCAUGAUGUGCCUCUCGUACGUCCGAGACGGCGUGUUUGCCUCUGUCCUGCGGCGGUUUGCCCAAAACGGGGGCAAAUAUGCGAUAUACAGCACCAUUCCCAUGUUUGACGACCGGUGCUACUCGCCCAAGGCCCUCGGCAUCGAGGUCAAGUGGAGCAAGUCGGUCGUUCUUCGUCACCGGGCCCUGACAGACGACGAAGUCAAGAUGAACGGUGGUGUGGCAGACUCGUUUGUUAGAGUUUAUCUGGUCGAAUUCUGA